AUGACUGGUGACCGCAAUAUUAAUCGAAAACAUGUCAAUUACAGAAAGGCAGGAAAAAUCAAAAAGAAACUUCAUAAAUAAUAAAUAAAAAAGGCUGCUCUAUCUAACAAGACCGCUUAACCAAAAAGCAUAGAAGACAUGACUAAGAAAGAUCGUAGAGAACUUGUAAAAAAAUAAAAAAAAAUGGAAAAGAAAUAGAAAAAACGACAAUUAAAAGAGGCUGCCUCUAAAGAAAUAGAAGAAGAGAUAUGA